AUGAAGUCACCACCCAGAGCCACGGUAACAGGGACGAACCAUCACGCUCCACCAACACCGGCUGCAACCAACAACAAUGGGAAUCAAGACACAAGUCAGUUCAUCCUCCAGACAAUCCUUCAGUUGACCGAGCCCAUGAUGAGACAAAUGCAGGCAACUGCGGAACGUCUUGCACAAGUGACAGAACGACUUCAAGAAAAGGCGGCUAACCCACCACCUGAAAGCCGCCCAAGGACCACCACAAGACAGCUGGAACCCGACCUCCAUGGGGCACGCGACAGACCCAUUCAAUACAACCAAGGAGCAACACCCAACGGAGGAGAAGACGAAGUCCCAAGAGGCCCAAAUGGAGAGAUCCUCAUCAACCAACACAAUCCUCUCGUACGCAUCGGGCAAGUGGAUAGCUCAAAGGACGACAAGGACAAAAUUCACGGCCUUUCCAUAUUCGACAGUCAGGUUGACAGGGCAAUGAUGCCAGAAGCUUUACUGAGGAGCCAAUACAACAAGGGACUAUACGAUGUAACGAAUGAUAUUGCAAGUUUACCAGGUACGUGCUCACCAAAGGGAGGAGGUGGUGAUGUGGACGUGAAUACGGACACUACGGACAUUAUGCAGCAGUUCUUGGAGACUGUGGAAUCUAGCAAGAGCCCCUCCAUGAAGACUACAAUCACCGCCAUCCACUACCCCAAGACUUCUAGACACGGGCUGUCUUUAAUCAAGUCCAAAGCCGACCUCUUCAAAGCGGCCAGCACUAUUGCAGAAGACAAAGAGCUCACCUCUCGCAACCAACAACUCCGCAUCCAAUCCUACCUACAUGACCGGGGAUAUAUGAAAGGCUUCAUUGACAAUUACUUGGAACGAAGUCUACUCUGCCUCAUUAUCCAAGAGACUCUGACCAACUACACCGCACUCAUCAACAAGAUCCGGCAGAAGAGAAUUGAUGGCAUGAGCGAUGUGUGGAAAGGGUCAGAAGCCUACCUCCUGCUCUCCCACCACUCCAAGGAACUACUGAGAAUCCGAGUCCACUCCACCAGCAAAAGACUAUUUCAGAACUACAUUUACCUUCGUGAUGCCCAAGCAAAGAACUUCAACAGCAACAAGAUCACGGAGAAGACCAUCACCAACGUCAGAGAAGAGAAUCGUCUCUUCCAAGAGGCCCUGGAUUCCCGAUUGGAGGCACUUGUGGAGGAGAGACUAGCAGAACAUCUUGCCAAGAACAAGAAGGGUGCGGGAAAAGGCAACGACGAACCCAAAUGCUCCUGGUGCCACAACAGGGAUCUACACAUUGCUCUAGGAAUCAAACAUACUCCAAAAGCCUGUCCCCUCAAAAGCCAUCCAACUACCUGGGCCAAGAAGGCCUGCCGAAAAGUCCUCCAAACAUACAAAGCAGAUCCCAAGCGACCUAUUGCGGCGGAGAUCGUAAAGGAAGUAUUGGAGGGUUGGAAAAAGGAAUAA